AUGUCCGCGCGAGGGGUGCGCCCGGGGGUGCUGCACCACAAGGAGAACAACCCCACGGACGCGCAGCCCGGGAAGCGCCAGCGCACUGCCGCCGGGACGGGGAGGCAGCCACUCGCCACCGCACCGCCGCCACCGCUGGAGGAGCCCAUGGUGUUCGCGGGCAGGGAGGACGUCGAAGCCCUCCUCAACGAGAAGAUGAAGGGGAAGAACAAGAUGGACUACAAGGGGAAGAGCGAGCAGAUGAUGGAAUACAUCAAGAAGGUUCGAGCCUGUAUCAGAUGGCUUCUUGAGAGGGAAGACGCAAAUCUUGCUGAAAUCGAGAGGAUCAAUGGUCAGCUUGAGGCGACACACAAACAACAUUCUGAGAUAGUGGCUGACUUGGAGAAUACUAUUGAAGAAACAAAAUCAAUAUGCACGGAACUUCAAAAACAAUGUGCAUCUCUACAAGAGGCUCUGAAGAUAGUGGAGGCCGAAAAAAUGGAUGCCCUGAGGUCUCUAAGAGAUGAAAGGGAAGCAAGGAUGGGUGUGGAAUCUUUGCGCAAUGGACUUUUAGAAGAUCUGAACAGGGCAAAGUUGGAGGACAAACGCCUCAAUGACCAGAUUAAGAUGCUUCAGGACACAAAUAAAAGGCUUCAAGAAUAUAACACAAGCUUGCAGCAAUACAAUAGCAACCUCCAAGCAGAUGCAACAAAGAAUGCUGAAACAAUAGCAAAGCUGCAAAAGGAGAAGAAUACUAUGGUCGAGACAAUGAAUGGUCUGAAAGAUCAUGCUAACUCGGUAAAAAUGCAACUAGACAUGGUAAAGUCUUUGCAAAAUGAAGCUGCAAAGCAAAAGACCGAUUUAUUGAAGGAAGUUGAAAGUCUUAGAAUGGAGCUUCAGCAUGUAAGGGAGGAACGUGACACUAAAUCUGCUCAAGUAGAUUCUUUGCUGGCUGAUAUUGGAACAUACAAAGAAAUGACUGGAAAAACUGUCAUUGAGUUAGACAGUGCCAUGGCAAAAACCUCUGCCCUUGAGGAAACAUGUUCAUCCCAAAGAAAGAUGAUAGAGACAUUGGAAAUUAAGCUUGCAGCUGCCAAUGAAAAGUCAAAGAGGUCUGAUAUGACGGCCUCAGAAACCAUGACUGAGUAUGAGAACAUGAAGAAAAUGUUGGAGAGUGCUCUGUCGCGCCUUGAAGAGGCUGAGCAAACAAUUCUGGACGGAGAGAAGUUACGGAAAAAGUUACAUAACACAAUUCUUGAGUUGAAGGGAAACAUCAGGGUAUUUUGUAGAGUAAGGCCUUUGCUGCCAAAUGAAUCAGGAGCGGUCUCAUAUCCAAAGAGUGGAGAAAACUUAGGCCGAGGCAUUGAGUUGUUACAUAAUGCACAAGGAUAUUCAUUUACUUUUGAUAAAGUAUUUGAUCAUUCGGCAUCACAAGAACACGUGUUCAUAGAAAUAUCUCAACUCGUCCAAAGUGCCCUAGAUGGCUAUAAGGUUUGCAUUUUUGCCUACGGGCAAACUGGUUCCGGUAAAACAUAUACAAUGAUGGGCAAUCCUGAGUUAGAAGAUCAAAAAGGAAUGAUACCACGAUCUCUGGAGCAGAUUUUUCAAGCUAGCCAGGCACUUAACUCACAGGGUUGGAGAUAUAAGAUGCAGGCCUCAAUGUUGGAGAUUUACAAUGAGACCAUACGCGACUUGCUUGUGACGAAUCGCAUGGCUGCUCAGGAUGGUGGUCCUUCAAAGUACAGUAUCAAGCAUGAUGCCAAUGGUAACACAAAUGUGUCGGACCUUACGGUCGUUGACGUAACUAGUAUCAAUGAAGUUUCUUCUCUCCUCAGGCGGGCUGCUCAGAGCAGAUCAGUUGGGAGAACACAAAUGAAUGAGGAAUCAUCCAGAAGUCACUGUGUUUUCACUCUUCGGAUAUUCGGUGUAAAUGAGGGAACGGAUCAACAAGUGCAAGGAGUGCUCAAUCUUAUAGAUCUAGCAGGCAGUGAGCGUCUGAACAAAAGUGGUGCCACUGGUGAUCGGCUGAAAGAGACUUUGGCUAUCAACAAAAGCUUGUCAUGCUUAAGUGAUGUCAUCUUCUCGAUUGCAAAGAAGGAGGAACAUGUUCCGUUCAGGAACUCAAAACUGACAUAUCUGCUCCAGCCGUGUCUCGGAGGGGACUCCAAGACGCUGAUGUUUGUGAAUCUUUCUCCUGAAGUAUCCUCGACUGGGGAGUCUCUUUGCUCACUCCGGUUUGCUGCAAGGGUGAACUCCUGCGAGAUCGGGAUCCCCCGGCGCCAAACCCAGACGCGGAGCUCUCAAUGA